CUGAUUGGCUGCUCAGUUUGCCGCUGCAGCGAAUCCCCUACCAGGCCGUCCUGGACCUAGUGGACAACAAGAUGAGGAUCUCAGGUGUGUUUCUGGGGGCGGAGCUUCGCUGGGUCGGUUGCCAGGGCAGCAGGGCGGGGCUACGAGGUUACCCAUGUUCCCUCUGGACGCUGUUCCACGUCCUCACCGUCCAACAUGACGCCAUGCCCACCGCACUGGAUAACACAGCUCUGGAGGGUGACGCAGCAGCGGUGCUACAUGUGAUGCGUCGGUACAUCAGGACGUUCUUCGGCUGUGAGCAGUGCGGUCGACACUUUGAAGCGGCAGCAGCAGCGAGUCUGGAGACGGUUCAGAGCAGAGAGCAGCAGAUCAUCUGGCUCUGGAACCAACACAACACGGUCAACCUCAGACUGGCAGGCUCCCUCAGUGAUGACCCCCUCUUCCCUAAGGCUCCGUGGCCCAGCCCCUCCCUCUGCGCCUCCUGCCACGAGGAGAAAAACGGCGUCCACGUGUGGAACCAGGAGAACGUGCUCCUCUUCCUACGCCGGCACUUCGGCGCCUCCAACCUGUCCCCCAAAUACUCUCUGACCCCCCCGAGACUCCCUGCGCCUCCUGCUGAUCCUCAACCUGCACAGACCCACCGGCACCAGGAGGAGGAGAGGCGAGCAGGAGGAGCAGGAGCAGGAGGAGGAGGAGGAGAUAGGAAGGACACAGAGAGGAGAACUGAGGAGCAGCCGGGACCCGGACACCCGGUCCAGACGGGGGAGGAGCUGGGCCUGAGGAGGACAGGAGGAGGCGCAGCAGGAGGUGCAGGAGGAGGCGCAGGAGUCUGGAUUCUGGGUCUGGGGUUUAACAGUGUGGACAUGAGUCUGUGUGUGCUCCUCUACGUCUCCUCCUGCCUCUUCCUCAUGCUCCUCUUCUUCUUCUUCAGAGUCCGGUCCAGGAGGUGGAAACUCCGCUACUCCCGCCUUCACGUCUGAGCCGGUUUAAUCCGGAUCAAUUUAAUCUGGAUCAGAACGGUUUAAUCUGGAUCAGUUUAAUCUGGAUCUGAACGGUUUAAUCUGGAUCAGUUUAAUCUGGAUCAGAACGGUUUAAUCUGGAUCAGUUUAAUCUGGAUCAGAACGGUUUAAUCUGGAUCAGAACGGUUUAAUCUGGAUCAGUUUAAUCUGGAUCAGAACGGUUUAAUCUGGAUCGGUUUAAUCUGGAUCAAUUCAAUCUGGAUCAAUUUAAUCCAGAUCAAUUUAAUAUGGAUCAGAAUGGUUUAAUCUGGAUCAGUUUAAUCUGGAUCAGACCGGGUUUCGGUAUGUUUGGGUCCAGAUCUGGAUUUAUUUAUUUUAGUGUUUUUUAAACCUGAAACUGGAUCGACGUGAUUUUUUGGGUUUUUUGUGAUUUUUUGUGACCAAAAUGUUUUCUGAGCUUUUAUUUUGAAGGAAACGGGAACAACUACAAAUGAAUGAAGAGUUACAUGACAUCACUUCCUGCCGUGUGUAAAUUCUCAUGCUUUUAUUGUGUCAACCAUAUGAGCAGCAAGUACUUUAUUUUGAAAGGACAGUAGAUGCAGGUCAAACAUUGAGUGACAGGAAGUGACGCAGAUUAUAAAAUGUGGCUCAAAACGCCCGAAAACUACCCAGAAUCCCGCAGGAGGGACGCGGGCCGCCACCAGAGACCCGGACCGUCUCAGAGUUCACUACGUGCCAAAUGUUUCACCUGCUGACCGACGACUCACCUGUGUGUUUGUGUGUGUGUGUGUGUGUGUGUGUGUGUGUGUGUGUGUGUGUGUGUGUGUGUGUGUGUGUGUGUGUGUGUGUGUGUGUGUGUGUGUGUGUGUUUGUGUGUGUGUGUAUAUGUGUCUCUGUGUGUGUGUGUAUUUCUCUGUGUGUGUGUGUCUGUGUGUGUGUAUUACUGUGUGUGUGUGUCUGUGUGUGUGUGUGUGUGUGUGUGUAUUUCUCUCUACUGUGAAGCAUCGACUGUCCUGAUGAUGUUCUGAUCGAUCGUAUUGAUUAACAGAUUGUUGAUCAGCUGAUCGGUCCGUCAGGUUUUCGUCCACACAAAGCUGCUAAAUCCUAAAUUUACUUUGAUCAUUUUCUGGAAAUUCAGUUACGAUUUUUUUUUUUGGACACAUUUGGAUGACAAAUUGAUUAUUGACGUAUCGUCAUUUUUAACAGGAACAUUUAACACGAUCGUUAUUGAUAAACAUAUUAAACCCUUAAAUACUGUUCAUGUUCUAGCCUCAUAAAGGGACUGAAGCACAGGUGUGUUUAGGAAGCAUCAAUAGUCGAUCUGACUGAUCAAUAAAUGUGAUUAAACCUUUGUGUCGUCCUCCCGGGUCAAAUUGACUCUGACUGUUCCUUCCUUCCUUCCUUCCUUCCUUCCUUCCUUCCUUCCUUCCUCCUUCUGUCCUUCCCUCCUUCUCUCUUUCCUCCCCCCUGCCUUCCUCCCUUCUUUCUUUCCUCUUUUCCUUUCUCCCUACCUCCCCCUUCUUUCCUUCGUUAUUUCCUCCGUCCUCCCUUCUUUCCUUCCCUCCUUUCCUUCCUCCCUCCUUUCCUUCCUUCAUUCUUUCCCUCUUCCUUCCUUCCUCCCUUCCUUUUUUCCUCUGUCCUUCUUUCCUUCCUUCCCUUCCUCUUUUCCUUUCUCCCUACCCCCCCUUCC